AUGCAUAUAGAAAGAGGUCUCUUCAGCUUUCUUCAGGUUUACUAUCCAUAUGGAAAGAGAAGGUUUCUUUUCAGCCAUCUUCAAAUUUACUAUCUGUAUGAAGAGAGAAGGUCUCUUUUCAGCCUUUUUCAAAUAUACUAUCUGUAUGGAGAGAGCUCUCCUUUCAGCCUUCUGCAGGUUUACUAUCUGUAUGGAGAGAGAAGGUCUCUUUUCAACCUUCUUCAGAAGAUUUCUACUCUCACUUUAUUUUUCACCCUCACUUUAUCUUUUUUUUUUUUUUCUGCCCCUUUCUCUCACUAUUCUUUUUCUGCCUUUUUUUCUACUUUCUCUUUUCUUUCUGCUGCCUUUUCUUUUUCUCACACUUCCUUCUUAUUCUUUUACUUUCUCCUACUUUGUUCCUUUCUCUCUUUGUCACUUUUCUAUGCUCUCUCCCUCCCAUUUUUUUCUUUAACUGUAUUCAUUUCUUCUUUCUUUUUCCCACUCUCUCUCUCUCAACUUUUCUUUUUCACUACUCCUCAUUUUUUCCUUUUUCUAUUUCAUUGA